AAGCCUUCCAAUAGACGCGAGUGGGUGACUCUGCUUCGGAACUGCGGAAGGUCUCCACUGUAUUAAUAUCAAAAGGAAACAAAAAAUUAAGGAAAUCUGUAAAAAUGCCCCCAAAGACCGACGAUGGUGGAUGGAAGAAGUUUCUGUGGGAUUCGGAAAAAGGAGAACUACUCGGUCGUACAGGAGGCAGUUGGUUCAAAAUCCUGAUCUUCUAUGUCAUCUUCUAUGGAUGUUUGGCCGGAAUCUUCAUUGGCACCAUCCAGGCCAUGUUGCUCACCUUGAGUAACUACAAGCCCACAUGGCAGGACAGAGUUGCACCCCCUGGCCUCUCGCACACCCCACGAAGCGACAAAUCAGAAGUGUUCUUUAACCCUAAAGAAGUGGAGACUUACCUGACUUACACUAAAGCCUUGAGGGACUUCCUGGCCAAGUACGAUGAUGAGAAGCAGCUCAACAAGAUGCACUUUGAUGACUGUGGAGAUGAGCCGAUGGAAUACAAGAACCGUGGUGACCUGGAGGGCGAUGCGGGCGUCAGAAAAGCGUGCCGCUUCUCCAGGACCCUGCUGGGCCCCUGCGCUGGCUUGGAGGACAAAGACAAGGACUUCGGCUUUGACAAAGGCCAGCCCUGCGUUAUUGUGAAACUCAAUCGGAUCGUUAACUUCCGUCCUCGGCCCCCUGUCUCAAAUGAAAGCAUCCCUGAAGAAGCCCAACAUAAAGCGCAGCCCAAUGUGAUCCCCAUCUACUGCACCAAUAAGAGAGAAGAAGAUGCUGGGAAAAUUGGCAGGAUCGAUUACUACGGCAUAGGUGGCGGCUUCCCGCUGCAGUACUACCCGUAUUACGGCAAGUUGCUCCAACCCCAGUACCUGCAGCCGCUUGUGGCGCUGCACUUCACCAACCUGACCAGGAACGAAGAGCUGCGUGUUGAGUGCAAAGUUUACGGCGACAACAUAUCUUACAGCGACAAAGACCGCUACCAGGGACGCUUUGACAUCAAGAUCAUGGUUAAAGGUUUAUGACCGCCAUCGGAACAGUAGAGCACUUUCUCGGCAACACCCUCCCUCACCUCCUUGCUCCUGUCCUAUUCAAGCCCCUGACAUGAAGUAGACAAGUAGUUGGGGGGCUAAGUUGAUUACACUUGCUUCCAGUUAGCAUUGGCGCACAAUUUUAGUGGGGAAAAGUAGCUGUUAGGCCACACAAGUGUAUUUAUUCUGCUUUAAGAAGUGACAUGUACCCCACAAGCAAUUUGUGGCCAUUGUUCAUUCAUGAGCAUACAAGUGGACCACCACCUUUUCGAUCUCCCUCCUACCCUGACCAUCAAUUCUUCUUCCGCCUUUUCCUUGUCAUAUCACUGCCUAGGUACCUUGCUUUUCCUUCAUUUUUCCUGCGUGAUGUUCCACGGCCCAUAGUGAUUGAUUGGCUCGGACCACUCUUCUGAUCUUAAAUGAAAAAAGUCUGCACUCCAGGGAACCUUUUUUUUUAUUUUUUCUUCUGUCGUCUUUUAUCAUUGAUUAUGGGGGCCUUGUUAUUACUUUGCCUUGAUUUUUGUGCUUAAAUCACUUGAAGUGUGAAGGGGUUUUAUUGAAAUGCCUUUUAAUUGAUUUUCUUUUUUUGUGCUUUUCAGCCCGUGGGUUAAACUCUCCUGCAGGGCUCACGGUGCUGACUUGUUUUCUUCUCCUUAGGAAUCCAUCACAAUAUUGUGGUGCGGUCACUCUCUGAAUGUUUUUAGCCAUCAAACAUGGUGGAUGAAUUGUAUAUUUAUACAGUUGUACAUUUUGUUUCUGUGCAAAAAUAUUGUUUAUGUAUACAUGCAAUACCAAAGUGAUCUUUAAAAGGGUCAACAUUAGUUUGCCUUGCAACCUUAUAGUGGCUCACUUGAAAUGUGAGGGGCCUUUUGGGGGCGAUGAAUGUAGUCGGAACCAGGGCGCUUAAAUACAGCAAUGAUCACAAUGUUCAUGCAUUUCAAAUUCUUAACAAAAAAGAGGGUAAAAUAACCUCAAAGAGCUCUUGUGGCUUUUAGGUGAAAAGCCAUGUUGGCAAUUUAGUGUCUGAAACACUUGAACUUGUACAACAUACCAUCAUUUCAUGCACCCUUUGCCAUUUAAUCCAAGAUAGAAACUAAUAAAAUCCUAUUAACUCCUC